AUGUUGCGAUCACGCCGCCGCUCUCCUUACGGCGCCUACUUCUGCGCCGUCAUCUCCGCCGUCCUCCUCCUCCUCUCCGCCGCCGCCGACCCCCUCGACGAGCUCGACUUCGUGGACGAAACCCACUCUCCCCCCGCCCUCCGCCUCAACCCCUCCCCCUACUUCUUCGACCCCCUCGCCGCCGCCAUCCGCCGCUCCUUCCUCCCCUCCUCCUCCGGCCUCCACCACCCCCUCCCCUCCGCCCCCGACCUCGACCCCUCCAAGGCCGCCUUCGCCUCCGACGACGUCCCCCUCGACCCCGCCGUCCGCUCCGCCGCCGCAACCCUCGCCUCCGUCGAGGAAGCGCUUCUUCUCAAAGACUCCCCCCUCCGACAAGGCUGGGGCGAAUGGUUCGACAAGAAAAGCGUUUUCCUCCGAAAGGAUAGAAUGUUCAGAUCCAACUUCGACGCCCUCAACCCUCUCAACAACCCCUUGCUACAAGAUCCCGACGCCGCCGCCGCCACCACUGGACUCACCAGAGCCGAUAGAAUCGUCCACAAGUGGUGGAUCCACCACUUCAAGAAAGUCCCCUUCCCUACCAAGAAGGUUCCUCUUAACCUCAAUGUAUUACCCUCUCUGACCAAAUUAGGAACAGAACGAAGAACUUUGAAUCACAAUACAAUUAACAACCAUAAUCAUGACCUCAUUAAGGAAAGUACGAAUUCUGAUAGUAGUAGCAGCAGCGGUAGCAGUGACAAUGGUGGUGAAUUAAGUAAUAAGAAAGAUGUUAGGGUUGAGUCUAUUAAGAAUCAUAUAUAUGCUGAUGGAGAUACCUGGGGAUACUAUCCUGGCGUGGCGUUGCGUUUGUCGUUCAACAACUUCAUGGAUGAGUUUUUCAGGGUGGGGAAAUGUGUGACCAGGGUGUUUAUGGUGUGGAAUUCGCCGCCUUGGAUGUUCACGGUUCGGCAUCAGCGUGGUCUCGAGAGUUUGCUCUUUCGUCACCCUGAUGCUUGUGUUGUUGUGUUCUCUGAAACGGUUGAGCUUGAUUUCUUCAGUGGUGGAUUUGUUAAGGAUGGUUACAAAGUUGCUGUUGCUAUGCCGAAUCUUGAUGAGCUGCUGAAGGAUACACCUGCUCAUGUUUUUUCUAAUGUUUGGUUUGAAUGGAGGAAGACGGAGUUCUAUUCUACUCAUUACAGUGAGCUUAUUCGCCUUGCUGCUCUGUACAAGUAUGGUGGCAUCUAUCUAGACUCGGAUAUCAUAGUGUUGAAGCCGAUUUUGUUCCUUAACAAUUCUGUUGGUACGGAGGACCAAGGUUCUGGAAGUGCUUUGAAUGGUGCUGUGAUGGCUUUUCAAAGGCACAGUUUGUUCAUAAAGGAGUGCUUGGAAGAGUUCUACCAGACAUAUGAUGAUACCAGUUUGAGAGGGAAUGGUGCUGAUCUGUUGACAAGGGUUGCACGAAAGUAUUUGGGGGAUGAGAGUAAAUCUGUCGAGCUCUUGGAGUUGAAUGUAGAACCCUCUUAUGUCUUCUUCCCUAUUAGUUCUCAGAACAUAGCAAGAUACUUUAUUGCACCGGCAACAGAGACUGAGAAAGCUCAACAAGAUUUGCUGCUUGAAAAAAUCCUGCACAAUUCGUUGACAUUUCAUUUCUGGAACAGUUUGACAUUUUCUCUUAUCCCUGAACCAGAUAGCCUUGUGUCUAGGCUUUUGAAUUAUGCAUGUAUCCGAUGCUUGGAAUUACUGUGAAUGUCAACUUCCACCGGUUCUGUCUUGAGAUUCCAUUCAGAUUUAAGUCCAGAAGAAAUCGGCAGAUUCUUGUCCAUGUAGCUGUACAAUUUUAUUGUUAGUUAGUGAAAUACUGGGUUGAAAGUCCCUACUAAAAGGUAAGAUAUACAGAAAACUUUAUAGAGCAAAACUAGCGUUAUCUAAUGAUGAUAAUGUGUUAUGUUAUAAUUAUAGUAGCAUUAGAGAUGCAUUGUUCAUCACUGCACGGUUUUGGUGUAAAUGCGAUGAGUGUCUGACAUUUUUUAUUAGUCAGCGAAGAAACAGCAUGUUAUUAUUAAUUUCUUCAUUUGAUAUUGUGCAUUAUUAUUCAA